AUGACACUGCUUCCUCCUGAAAUGUUAUUAUAUUAUGAUUCUUUUCUUCCAUUCUUACUCGAAGCUUGCAACGAUGAAUAUCCCGAUGUUCGACAUGUUCAUUGCCCCAUCUUGGCUGUUAUUUAUGGUGUUGGUGUUUGUGCUGAGUUUGGUGGAUCUGUUUUCAACCCCCUUGUUGGAGAGGCACUUUCAAGGUUAGAUGUUGUGAUAAGGCAUCCAAAUGCACUACAUGCUGAUAACAUAAUAGCAUAUGACAAUGUCGUCUCAGCUCUUGGAAAAAUAUGCCAAUUCCAUCGUGAUAGCAUAAAUGCAGCACAGGUUGUUCCUGCCUGGCUAAGUUGCUUGCCUAUAAAAGGUGAUUUAAUUGAAGCUAAGGUUGUGCAUGACCAACUUUGUUCAAUGGUUGAAAGAUCUGAUAGAGAACUUAUAGGUCCCAACAAUCAAUAUCUUUCCAAAAUUGUUGCAGUUUUUGCCGAGAUUUUAUGUGCGGGAAAUGAUUUGGCAACCGAAUAGACUGUUAGUAGGAUGAUUAAUUUAUUGAGGCAGUUUGCAUGAAAAGACAAGAGGUUUGGAUGACA